AUGGCCUUACCAAACCAGCCCCAGCGCCAAGACAGAAAGCUAGUGAAGUUGCUCACUAACCUGGACCUGAGGUGGUGUGCCAUUGGACCCCUGGAGGAGGAAAGACCGGCAGAGACCAGUGCCAACGUGGAUGACUCGGCACCCCCCUCGGUGGCCCAGCUGGCUGGGCGGUUUAGGGAGCAGGCAGCCGCUGCAAAGGAGACACCAGCCUGUAAGCCAACAAGAAGGAAACCACCCUGCUCUCUCCCCCUGUUCCCCCCCAAGGUAGAGCUGGGCCAGAACGGUGAGGAGAAAUCACCGCCCAAUGCAAGCCACCCUCCUAAAAUCAAGGUGAAGAGUUCGCCUCUGAUUGAGAAGCUUCAGGCCAACUUAGCUUUCGAUCCAGCAGCCCUGCUGCCUGGCGCCUCACCCAAGAGUCCUGGACUCAAGGCCGCGGUGUCGCCAUUCCAGAGCCCGCCGUCCACCCCCAGCAGCCCUGGUGUGCGGUGUCAAGCUGGCGAGCUGGAGGAGGUGCCGGUCAGCUUUGACCAGCCUCCGGAGGGCAGCCAUCUGCCCUGCUACAAUAAGGUGCGGACGAGGGGCUCGAUAAAAAGGCGCCCUCCCUCCAGGCGAUUCCGAAGGUCUCAGUCAGACUGUGGGGACCUGGGAGGUUUCAGGGCCCCCGAGUCAUCCCAGGAGAAUGGUGCCAAGGAAGAGAAUGGGGAUGAGGUGUUCCCAUCCAAGAGCAAGGCCCCGGGGUCCCCGCCGCCCAGCGAGAAGCCGGUGGGGGAGCUGGGGUCCCUGGAGAAGCCUCCUCUGAGGAGGACGUCCAGCAGGACGGAGAAGCAGGAGGAGAAGGGCAGGGCCCCGGGGGAAGCCCAGCAUCACCAGGAGGCUGUGGGGGGCUCUGAAGAGGAGGCCGGCACCCGUCCAGCCAAGGAGGAGGCCGUUCAACCAGCCCCGGCCUCCAACCCGGAGGCAGCGAACGGGUGCAGGAGCCCCACGGAAGAAAAACCAGCCGGGGAACAGACAGAAAAGUCUGCAGAGGUGAAGGAGGAGAGGGCAGAAAAUGAAGAGGGUGAGCCCGGGCAGAGGAGCCAAGACACAAAGGGGCUGGCGGAGGGAGCAGCGGGGGAGGCCCCACCGAGCCCCCCUGGAGGAGUGGAGGGCGGCCACAGCUUUGAGCAGGGGAGAGGCGAGGAAAAGGACGAAGAGGGGGCCGUUCUGGAGCCAGGCUACAACCCCAGCGAUGAGGCCCCCAAGACAGAGCAGCGGGCUGCCGUCCGAGGGCACGAACGGGAGGCUGAGCCAGGCGCGACGGUCCCCUCGCGCCCAGCGAGCACUGACGGCGGCGAGACGCUGCGCGGCCGGCACCCCGCGGGGCCCCGCACCCUCCCAGCCGCGGCCUCCGCGCCCGCCGCUACCGCCGUGUGCAGCGUAGACCCGGGCGCUGGAAACCCAGAAGGGCUGACCCAGAGGCGAGCGCAGACCCGGCGAAGACCCGCCGGCCAGGAGACACUAUGCAGAGAUCUGCUGGACUGGAGCUCCGAAGAGGCAGAGGAGACGGCGGCCGGCGGCCGGCGGACGGGACACUGGCGGACACCGGAGCAGGCGGCGCGCCGGGCGGCAGCCAGCGCCGCCCAAGACCCAGGCCUCCAGCGCCAGGAGAAGGAGCCUGGGGUGGAAGCUGGGAGCGGGGAGCGCGGCGUGGAGGUGCCAGCGGGCGCGGGCGCGACGAGGCUGGAGCCCCUGUGGCGAGCCGAGCCGAGCGCAGCGGGGACGGGGACCCAGGGCCGCGGCGGCGGCGGCGGAGGACGAUGGCAGAUUCGCCGGGGCCGAGGCAGUGAUUGCGGCAGCCCCUGCCCGCAGGCGCUGGCUGUGGUCGGUUAUGGCGGCGCCUGGCUGUGUGAGUGA